UAUAUCCACACAAAUCAUCUUUCGCCACUCCUUAGCCCCCUCCUCACCACCCUCCAAAAAAAAAAAACCAAACUUUCUGCUGAAACUCUACUGCAGAAAUGGCCUUAGUUAAACCCAUUUCCAAAUUUGGCUCAACCACCCCAAAACUCAGCAACCCAAGAGCACCAACCACCAAGUUCUUCACUAUCAGAAUGUCAGCUACCACUCCUCAGCCGCCCACCACCGCAAGGCCACCAAAGAAAGCUGCCAAGCAAGCAAUCAAGGAGACCCUUUUGGCACCAAGGUUCUACACCACAGAUUUUGAUGAGAUGGAGAGGUUGUUCAAUACCCAGAUCAACAAGAACCUGAAACAGGCUGAGUUUGAGGCACUUUUGCAGGAGUUCAAGACUGAUUAUAACCAGACCCAUUUUGUCAGAAGCAAGGAGUUCAAGGAGGCUGCUGAUAAACUUCAGGGCCCUCUCCGGCAAAUCUUCGUUGAGUUCUUGGAGAGGUCUUGCACCGCUGAGUUUUCUGGAUUCCUUCUUUACAAGGAGCUUGGUAGAAGGCUCAAGAAAACUAAUCCUGUGGUUGCUGAGAUUUUCUCGCUCAUGUCUAGGGAUGAAGCCCGGCAUGCUGGAUUUUUGAACAAGGGUUUAUCUGAUUUCAAUUUGGCAUUGGACUUGGGGUUCUUGACUAAAGCUAGAAAGUACACUUUUUUCAAGCCAAAGUUCAUUUUCUAUGCAACAUACUUGUCUGAGAAAAUCGGAUAUUGGAGAUACAUAACCAUAUACCGACAUCUCAAGGCCAAUCCUGAGUACCAAUGUUAUCCAAUUUUCAAAUACUUUGAGAACUGGUGCCAGGAUGAGAACCGCCAUGGUGAUUUCUUCUCUGCAUUGAUGAAGGCACAACCCCAGUUCCUGAAUGACUGGAAGGCAAAGUUGUGGGCACGUUUCUUCUGCCUAUCGGUUUAUGUGACAAUGUAUCUCAACGAUUGCCAACGAACAGCUUUCUAUGAAGGCAUUGGGCUCAACACAAAAGAAUUUGACAUGCAUGUCAUCAUCGAGACAAACCGCACAACCGCUAGGAUUUUCCCAGCUGUGCUGGAUGUCGAAAACCCAGAGUUCAAGACGAAGUUGGACAGGAUGGUGGAGAUAAACCAGAAGCUUCUGGCAGUUGGGGAAAGUCUGGACAUUCCCUUGGUGAAGAACAUCAAGAGGAUCCCACUUAUUGCAGCACUGGCUUCUGAGCUUUUGGCUGCAUAUCUAAUGAAACCCAUUGAAUCUGGUUCUGUUGAUUAUGCAGAGUUUGAACCACAAGUUGUUUACUAAUUUUCCAGUAGAACCUCCAACUCAUUUUCUUUGAUUUUUUUGAGCAUGUUAUUGUUUGUCCUUAAGAAUAGUGUGUGCAUCUGAGGAAAUAUUGUAUUUCUGCCACUAGUAAUGCUACAUGCACUUAAAAUUCCUUAAUAUUAAAAAUAUGAAAUCAAUAAAUUCAAAAUUCUAGAUUGAUAACAUCCUAAAAUUCCUU